AUGGCUACGGAGGCGGUGGCGAGUGCGGGUGCGGAGAUUCGAGAAAAUUUGGUAACAACAGCGGUACAGUUCCUGACAAAUCCAAGUGUACAACGAUGCACCUUGGAAAGCAAGGAACGCUUUCUACGUGGCAAAGGUCUCACCGACCCUGAAAUACAAAAGGCUUUAGGAAAAUGUGCAGAAAUGAUGGACCUUCCGUCCAUGACUUCAGAGCUCAUGUUCGUACAUCAGUCACGGAGGUCGUGGUUCAGAGACAAUGUGCUCCCAAUCUUGAUUUACGGAGGCUUCAUGUAUGGAUGUUACUGGUUUUACAAAAACUACAUAAGGCAUAUCCUUUUCGUGCAGCAACCAAAGCGCAAGACGACAGAGGAAUGCAUCGAUGAGCUGCGCAAGAGUGUCGAUAUACUCAACUCUAACUUUAUGGCACUGCGCACUGAAAUGCAAGCGAACGUCCACCAGAGCGCGAUGCGAUCGCAAGUCGACAGCAUCAAGGCGGAGUUAACGUCUGUCAAGUCUAUUAUGUUAAAUAGGAAUCAAUUUCCCGCUCUCAAGACCCGCACAGACCCCCCCUCAAUUCCCGACUGGCAGCGGCAGUCAGAAGAAGCGACCUCAACCGAAGUACCUCAGGAAGAGAAGAAGAAGAAGAACAGAAGUCGCAGCCAGCGGUCCGAGUCCGGAGGAUCCAACUCCAGCGAGGGAGAGCAGGCUACCAAGAAUAGCGACAGUAGUUUGGAAAUCAUGUAA